CUUUCAUGCUAGAGGAGAGUCUCAACUUGGUAGGUUGAAGGCAGGUAUUGACCUGACCCUCUCACGUUGCAGAAUAAUCAAUGGACUAAGGUGUGAGCUAAGUAUUCCACCACGCGACUCUUAAAUAGGGAUAAUGCACAAAAUCUCCGUAGAAUACUCUCUUGCCUACAGUACAGGUAAUGCAUGGCUAAAUGUCAGCUUGAGAUAUUAUAAUACCUGCAAGCUAACGAAACGAACCGUGCGGGCUUGGCAGUGCGGGCUCCCGAAGGCCAGCAGUUCAAUGAAUUCAGGGUGCCUAGCAACAACACAACACCAACGACGCCAGCCCUUUCCUCUCGCACGCGCAUAAUGACCCUGUAGACGGUUCGAACCAGCGACUGUUAAUAUCACGAAUUAAACUUCGAUCAUGGCGUCGGCGGUGUUCUUUCUUGACCUGAAGGGCAAGACCCUGCUGGCGCGCAACUACCGUGGCGAUAUCCCCAUGUCAGCGGUCGAGAAGUUCCCUGUCCUGCUUAGCGAAGCCGAAGAAGAGAGCUCCGCCGUCCCGCCAUGCUUCUCCAGCGAAGGCAUCAACUAUCUCUACAUCCGUCACAACAACCUGUACCUCCUCGCCCUUACCAAGCGCAACACCAAUGCCGCCGAGAUACUUCUCUUCCUCCACAAAAUUGUCGAAGUCUUUACAGAAUACUUCAAAGAGCUGGAGGAGGAGAGUAUACGAGACAACUUCGUUGUCAUCUACGAGCUGUUGGAUGAGAUGAUGGAUUUUGGGUACCCGCAGACCACCGAGACAAAGAUCUUGCAAGAGUACAUCACACAGGAGUCACACAAGCUUGAGGUGCAAGCGCGGCCACCUAUCGCAGUCACCAAUGCUGUCAGUUGGCGAAGCGAGGGCAUUCGAUACCGCAAGAACGAGGUCUUCCUCGAUGUUGUCGAGUCGCUCAACCUUCUUGUAUCAGCGAAUGGAAAUGUACUGCGGUCUGAGAUUCUCGGCGCCGUUAAAAUGAAGUGCUACCUGUCCGGUAUGCCAGAGCUGCGAUUGGGCUUGAACGACAAGGUUAUGUUCGAAACAACAGGAAGGGCCACGCGAGGAAAAGCAGUCGAGAUGGAAGAUGUCAAAUUUCACCAGUGUGUGCGCUUAUCAAGGUUCGAGAACGACAGGACAAUCAGUUUCAUUCCGCCAGAUGGCGAGUUCGAGCUGAUGAGUUAUCGUCUGAACACGCAAGUCAAACCGUUGAUCUGGGUGGAGUGCAUAGUCGAGAGCCAUUCUGGCAGCAGAAUAGAGUAUAUGCUCAAGGCCAAGGCGCAGUUCAAGAGGAGAAGCACAGCAAACAACGUCCAGAUCUCGAUACCUGUACCCGAAGACGCAGACACACCUCGAUUCCGCACGAACAUCGGCACUGUACACUAUGCGCCCGAGACAUCGUCGAUAGUGUGGAAGAUCAAGCAGUUCGGCGGCGGCAAAGAAUUCCUGAUGCGCGCCGAACUCGGUCUGCCAUCGGUCCGCGGCGACGACGAGAAGGGCGGUGGCAUGAUGGGUGGGUUCGGAGGAAGCAUGGGCGGCGUCGGUGUUGGCAAGGCCAAGCGACCGAUCAACGUCAAGUUCGAGAUUCCCUACUUCACAACGAGUGGUAUCCAGGUCCGGUACCUCAAGAUCAUCGAACCAAAGCUGCAAUACCCGUCGCUGCCCUGGGUACGAUACAUCACUCAGUCUGGGGAUAUCGCUGUGCGAUUACCGGACGUGGCUUAGACGAAAGGGAGCAACUGACGAUAGACAUACUAAAUCAAACCAUGACACCACACACACAUUUCUAGUCCCUUUGUCAAGCUGAUGUCAGGCAGGUGCACAGUUCCUCGGACCGAUAGAGAUUUGCGUGCCUGUCAGGCCAUCUG